AUGAUUCAAACGGGUCACGCUGUCGCCGUCGCCUUCGCGCUCAAUAUCGCUGCCGGAGCCGCCACCAUUCUCGGUGGCAUGGUCGUCUUCAGCCAGCGCCUCGUGUACCUGGCCAACCCCGUCAGUCUGGCGGUUGCUCUCAGCAUCUCGUCCGGUGUCAUGAUGUUCAUCUCGCUCGUCGAGAUCUUCGGAGAGUCCGUCCACCUGCUCACGGAAGGCCUUCGCACCGACAACAUGUCCGAGGAAACCGCUACGGGCCACGGCUGGCUCGGUGCGACGGCAUGCUUCGGCGUCGGCAUCGCGCUGAUCUACGUCAUCGACGUCAUUGUGCACAAGAUUUCGCCCGAGCACGAGAUGACGGAGAUCGAGAACCUCGAAGACGUCCGCGAGUCCAUCCGUCACUUCGAGAGCAGCAAGAUGGCGGCCAACAAGACCUCGACACCGUAUCUGGAGGCUGGUCCUUCCACGUGCGUGGAUCCUACUACCCAGUACGUCAAGAUGGACGAGAACGCCAAGCGCGCACUACAGCGCAUGGGUGUGCUCAGCGCUCUGGCCAUCGGAAUCCACAACUUGCCUGAGGGUAUCGCCACCUACGUGGCAGCCAUCCAGAACUCCUCUGUCGGCUUCUCGCUCGCUGUCGGCAUCGGUCUGCACAACAUCCCCGAGGGCAUUGCUGUGGCUGCCCCCAUCUACUUCGCCACGGGCUCCCGUUGGCGCGGAAUUAUGUGGUGCGCCAUCUCCGCGGGUGCCGAGCCCAUUGGCGGACUCAUCGCUUGGCUGGCCGUCGGUGACGGUAUGGACCCCAUGUCGGAGGGCAUUCUGUUCGGUAUCGUCUGUGGCAUCAUGGUCUGCAUCUGCGUCAAGGAGCUCAUCCCGACGUCCUACAAGUUUGCCAAGGAGAAGACGCACAUCGUGUCCAUCGGCAUGUUCGCUGGCAUGUUCAUCAUGGUUGCCAGUCUGACGCUCUUCGGUUACGCUGGCGUGUAA